GCAUUAAAGUCCAGGGAAGACUGUGUCCCACAGAUAUUUAGAAAUCAGGGAGAAACAGAGAGAGGGUGGGGAUAUGUAAUAUGAGGGUGUGGUGAGUGAGUUGGCCUUGGCAAGAAGCGCAAGCCAAACAGAAAAUACAGAGAGAAAGAAAAGAAAAGAAAAGGAAAUGGAAUUCAAAGGGAGAGAAAGUUGGGAAGAGAAUGGGAAAUUAGAGGAAGAGAACGGAAGCAGCAGCUCGGAAAUUGAAACUGGAACGGAAACGGAGAGCGAUGAGAUUGAGAGGAGUAAAGUUGGGAUAAUGAGAGCCUUCGUGGAAGCCCAAGAUCCCUCUUGCAAGGAAGAGGAUGAUUUGAUGAUCCGGAGAUUUCUUAGGGCUCGUGAUCAGGACAUUGAGAAAGCUUCGGCCCUAUUUCUAAAGUACCUAAGCUGGAGGCGAUCUUUUGUGCCCAACGGCUCCAUCUCUCCCUCAGAAAUUCCGGAUGAACUUUCUCAUAACAAGUUGUUUAUGCAAGGUGUUGAUAAGACCGGACGUCCCAUUGUCGUUGUUUUCGGUGCCAGGCAUAAGGCAGCCAAACUUGACGACUUCAAACGUUUUGUAGUAUUCUGUCUUGACAAAAUAUGUUCCGGAAUGCCAAGAGGACAGGAAAAGUUUGUGUCCAUAGCAGAUCUUCAAGGAUGGGGAUAUUCGAAUAGCGAUGUUCGGGGAUACCUAGCAGCUUUACAUAUUUUGCAGGAUUGCUUCCCAGAAAGGCUCGGCAAGUUAUUUAUUGUCCAUGCUCCCUACGUCUUCAUGACGGCUUGGAAGAUGGUGUACCCAUUUAUUGACAAAAAAACCAAAAAGAAGAUAAUAUUUCUGGAGAAGAAAAAGAUGAAGUCUGCUCUGCUUGAUGACAUUGACGAGAGCCAGCUCCCUGAUAUAUACGGCGGCAAAAUGCCAUUGGUUCCUAUACAAGACUGCUAGCUUCUCGACUCCGUGUCAAGUCAUGAGAAGUUCUAUAUUUCCGUCCUAGUAGAUUUAACAUUAUAACAAUGACAUAGCAUAAUACAAUUGUAUUCUUAUUAUUAUUUUAGUCAACAUGGUAUUAUUUAUUGGCCCUACGCCAUUGUAAGGGCAUUAGUAUUUUACACAACAAUUUGAGAUACAUACAUGUACGCCUGUGUACUUUUGCUUGGCCUCCGCAGUUGAAUAAAUCCCUCUGUCUCAAGCACAUUAUAAACAAA